AUGGCAGCUGGCUACACCUGUGCCCAAUGCCUUCAGGUGCUCCGCCAGGGAGUCCGGGCCCCAGCUCCCUCGGCUCGCCUGCAGACCCUUGCUCCUUCGCGUCGGAGAAUCACAGCUUCUCCGUGGACUCGCAGCUUUGGCUCGGGACGUCACAACCGUCCAUUGGAUAAAUCCCCAGAAUUGACUCAAGGCGCUAGCAAGGCUACUUCCGCUGUCAAGCCUUCCUCGCCUCCAUCGCUCGCACACCGCGCAGCUUCCACCGCCUCCGGCUCCUCCGUCGAUACACGAGCUAUUUUGAAACAGGACAACCUCUUCCAUUCCUUCUCCAACUCUCCCUCUCCCGAAAUCCGAAAACGCGCUGCCUUCAUUAAGGAAAAUGCCCACUGUCCUCACCCAGAUCACCAACAGACCCGUGUUCCUGUCUCGCCGCAUGACCCCGAGGCACGAAAGACCCAAGAUGCGGCUAACUUGCCCCCGGCCCACUCGCAUUUCGAAUGCCCCGAUUGUGGUGUCCCUGUCUACUGCUCCGAGGGCCAUUGGAUGGAUGACUUCGAGGCUCACUUGGAGGUUUGUGACACGCUUCGCCAAAUUAACGAGGACGACCAUGACCUGCACUCCGGCCGCUUCUUCCCCGAAUUCUCCUACCCAGGUGUCCAGGAUGACAAUUUCGUGGUCAACAUGACCAAUUGGGAUACCCUCAUGUACACUCGCGAGUUUGAGGCAGUCAACUCCGACCGGGCUAUGCGCCAGGUUACCCGGAUGCUCACCUACCCGCAGACUAUUGCUAGUGUCUUGCAUGAGCUCAGCCCAUAUAAUGUCCGAAGCAAGAACCAGCUCACACCCGAGGGAUUGAAGAGCUUGAGCGCCCUCCGAUACUCCCUGCACCCUCCCCGCACCGGUGAAGGUGUCGACGCAAAGGGUCUGCGCUUGAAGGCCCCGCCAGUCCGACUCUUCAUUCUCGGUGCCCGUGCCGAAUCUUCUCUUCCUCGUGAUGUGUGGCUGCAGCUCCAGUACAUGUUCCCCCGCUCCUUGCUGCACCUGAUCUUCAUCGGACCCGAGAGCAUGACUAACCGCGACGCCGAAUACCCGUUGCCGGAGCGCACUCCUGGAAAUCCGUUCGGUGGAAUUGUGGAGGACCGCCUGGGUGGCCAGAUGAAGAUCACCACCUACGUUGAAUACUUCCACACCAUGUACAAGGCAAACUACUUCCAGCCCUUCGAUCCUUACCUGGAUUGCUUCAUGCUCUUCCACCCUGGUCUGGGUCAUCCUUCCAGCUCAGCCGAGUGGCAAGAGACCCUCCCUCAACUGCUUGAGACCAAGGUGCCCAUCCUGUGCACCGGGUACACACAGUGGGAUAUGGAGCGCGAUAUCAACUGGGUGCAUGAGAAGUGUGCCGGCGAGUUCGACAUGCUUCUCGAGCCCGGUGAGAAUAUCUUCCGCAGUCUGCGUUGGGAUUUGAACGACCAGGAUCCGCAUGAUGUUUCAUGUGGUAACUGGGGUUUGUGGGGAUUCCGAGGCAAGAGAUACGAGGCCACUUACAAGAGCGAGUAA